CCCAGCAGAUGCGCAGUCGCGGCGUUCUCGGGCGGCUUUCAUUUCAGGAGCUCGGCGCCUGCCACAUCGGCAGCAGUUGGCGCGGGGCGCAACAGGAACUACUCAGCUUUACGAAGCGACACUUUCGGUGGAGGCGGCAAUCAAGGAGGCAGCUGCGCGGGUGGCUUGCCGCUGUCACGCAUCAAAAGAACGUGCGUCGGAGCGGGCGUACAGGGGGCGUCCGCGCGUUCUCCUCCCAUCGAUAGAAGGUCCGCUCAUUUUUAGGGCCGCCGCGCGGGCCCACCACGUGACUAUGUUGACCACGAGACAAGGCAGUGCGAGCAGUCCACCGCGUCCUCUGGAGUGCCGUCGAGCUCCUGUUUUCUCUCCCGCUCCGGAGAAGAGCCGCGUGCCCACGACUGGGCACGAGCGUAUCGCCUCGAACUGACGGUGCGACAUGCAGCACCCCGAGUAAAGAGCGUCAGCCUGCUACCAGUCCCCGCAGCCCGUACACGCCCUACGAAAAUUUUCUGAGAUGCGCGUCCACGGCAGCGACGCAUGACCGCUGCUGCUCUCAGGACACCUCUGCAACCCACCUGCCUUGAAAUGAGCCAGGGUGCUGCGCCGCUGCCUGCUCAUCACCAUGGCGGCCAUCACCAAAAGUGGCUUCCUCGUCAUCGUGUCCUUGGUCCUGUUCCUGUGCCUGUUCAUGGUGGCGCAGAAUCGACAACCCCUCUGGCGGGUGUUUGACGCCUUCAGAAUGAACGAAUGGUCUUACAGUCCUUUCUACUCGCCAAGCAGUGUCAAUGGCACGAGCCGUUUACCCCGGAUCAUGAUGUGGACAUCGUUCUACGGUUCCUGGUACGGCUUACUGAAUAACAAAAAGGUCGGUGAAGACUUCACUCGCAAAUGCGCCGUCAAGUGUUCAAUCACCAACGACCGGCGCCUGCUGGCGUCCAGCGACGCCAUCGUCUUCCACGUGCGCGACAUGGACAUGAACGACCUUCCUACAAGGCGUUCCCAGUCGCAGAAGUGGGUCUUCUGGUCUAUGGAGCCACCGCCGUACUCCGUUUUCGCCGGCUUCAAUUAUAUGCACAAUAUGUUUAACUGGACCAUGUCAUACAGGCACGACUCGGACAUUUACGAGCCUUACGGGAAGAUUGUGCCCCGCAAUGUCACCGUUGUUUACAAGAAAGACCACAGAGCUCUGUGGAAGUCCAAGCAAAAACAAGCUGUCUGGAUGGUCAGUCACUGCAAUACCGACAGUAAACGAGAAGAGUAUGUCCAAGAGCUGAAGAGGCACCUCGACGUUGACGUGUACGGCUCUUGCGGUGACCACGUGUGCCCAAGAUCCAGAGGUAGUGCCUGCUACAACGAUUUCGAGCGGACCUACUUUUAUAUGCUUGCCUUUGAGAACUCCAUAUGCAACGAUUAUGCCACCGAGAAAUUUUUUUCAGCACUUAAAUAUGACAUGGUACCUGUGGUUUUUGGAGGUGCCAAUUAUAGCCAAAUUGGGCCUGCUCAGUCGUACGUCGAUGCGCUCGCCUUCAAAUCUCCCAAGCAGCUUGCCGAACACCUUAUUGUCCUGUCAAGGAACUACACGGCGUACAGCUCAUAUUUUAAGUGGAGAGAGACUCACCAACUGGUGACGUGGGACGUUGACUUUUGUGAGCUUUGUUCUAGGCUGCAUAGCCCGCAGUUUCAGAAGACAUCGUCGUACAAUGACAUGCGCGUGUGGUGGGAACAGCAGGGCCGCUGUCGGACGUGGGUGAAGUAAGAAAGACGCUUAACUGUGACUCCUACUUCCUGAGCUUUUGCUCUCCGUGGUUGUGUUUUGUCUGAGACGUGCGGCUGCGACUUAAUCAGGGUCAAAAAUACUUAUUUGUGCAGGGUGCUUUUUUUUUUCCUCUCGUUUUCUGCGGGUCCUGCAUCAUCGCGAGUGUUCGCACAUAAUUUUGUGCUCCACAAAGCAGUCGGCAUGUUGAGUAGAGCACUCGCGAGCACAGGUUGCGUAUUGCCACAGCACUACAGUUCCUAGGUGAUCACGUGCCUAGGAGCUUUCAGAUUAGGCGCAACAGCCCACGGGUAUAUCGCUGAUGACGGCGAACAAGUGCCGGGACCAUAUUAUUGUAUUCUGCGCGUUGAGAUGCCAAAUCAUGAUCAGCGUGUUGAUAUUGCAGACUCAUUUUAUAAGGUCACGCUUGAAGUCGGGGUUGGGGUUAGCCAGUUUUUCGCCGUGUCACACUGUACAUGUUCAUGUGCACACCCGGCCGCGAAAGCUUUCGGAGCACAAGAUCUUAAAAAAAUAAUAAUAUAAUGUUUCCACGUACGACCUACAUAUUGCUCGCCUAAAUUCUAAGCUGGGUGGCGAAGUGGCGAAGAAAUUAACGUUUUUGCGAAUUCCCUACUUCGAAAACUUUUGCGGUCGCCUGUACGUACAACUUGGUCCGUCGACGCCUCUUACACAGCCGAUUACUGCACAUCUGUUCGGUGUUGCACGCUAUGCCUUAUUGUGGAUGUUGUUAUAUUGUCAGCCACUCAAUUGCAGCUAUACGUACCUAGACUUGGUGUACACACAAUUUGCCUUCGGGAAGCAUUUUGCCAUUUUGCCCAGUGUCUUAUCGAGUGGCUUGUUGACCAUUGACGUGGAAGUUAUAUUGUUUACUGUGGAAGUGAUAGCUUUGUGCCGAGUAGAACGUUACACAGUAAGAACAGGCUGCUGUAUAUUCAAGAACGCAAGGUGUUGUGAACACGUAUUUUUUAACCAAAUGUUGUAGACGGUUCUUGUGUGUGCGUAACGCCAAGGGUGUAUUGUGUUGCUAGUAAACUUGGCGAAUCGGUGAUGUCUGCUUGUGAUAUACAAGGGAGGAAAGAAAAAAAAAACACGAAAAAGACGCAAUAAUGUUACCUUCGUCCAUAUUUGCUGGUUGAAAGGGACCCUGAAUCUACAGAAUUGCUUGGGCGUCGUGAGAGACCACUCCACUAGAAUUUCUACCGCAAGACGAGUUUUCGAAAACUUUCGAUCACCGGUGGAGUCAUUGGAGAAUAAAUUUUUUU